UUACAUCGCUGUGGAGGCUGAGAGCGGAAGUAGAAUUAUUAUGCCAUGCUCUUCAAAUAAACACUUAUUUAUUUACCUAUAACUUAUUCCGAACUUCUAUUCAGCAAAUAAAUAAAUAAAUAAAUAAAAACUACACCGGCAUUAUGGAGAAUCAGGAGGACAUGGAUGUGUGGUACACCCACCCAGCCUACGCCCGUUACUGGCAGCAUUACCAACAGGCUAUGAGCUGGUACCAGAGGCACCAUUGGGCAUAUACCAAGGCCAUACAGGCUACAUAUGACCUUGCUCUGUACCCUUUGUUUCCAGCCCCAUGUUGCUACUCAGACUGGCAGGGUGAAGAGACAGUGGACAGAGUCCCUACACAGACAGAAGAAGAAGAAGACAAAUCAGAGAUGGAGGAAGAAUCCGAGAACUCAGAGGAAAGUGAACUUGAAUACGAUGUCAGCAAAAUGGACAUCACGACCGAGCUACGGCAAUACUUCGCUCAGACGGAGCGCCACAGAGAAGAACUGAAGAGACAACAGCAGAUGGAAGCAGAGAGACAGGAAGCCUAUGUACCAGCUGACCAGGACCUGCACCAUUCUUGGCGGCGGAGUGCCACAGCCCCUGCCGAGCGCCCAGGUGAGAGAAGGAGUGCAGAGAUGAAGAGACUUUAUGGAAAAGAUGCAGCCAAGAUUCAGGGCAUGGAAACGGCCAUGCAGCUCACCUUUGACCGCAACUGUGACCGCAAGCAGCCCAAAUACUGGCCUGUAAUACCGUUAAACCUGUAGAGAGACUGACUCAAGCUACUCUCAUUAUGCUCUAACGCAAACCACUUUUGCAAUAAUACAACAUGCAUCCUAUUUAUAUAAAAAUCUGUCAUACAAAGAGUGCAAACCCAUUUGGAUUUAUAAUAGUCAGAUUUUUGGUCCCAUUAAAGAGUCUUUUGUUGUUUCUAUUACCCUUACACUUUUUCAAAUGGAAAAAAAAACAUUUCCUGUUUCAGUGCUAGACUCCAAGGCUCUCUCAUAACACUUUACUAAUCCUCUUUUUCACUGAUCAAAAAGGUCUGUCCUGCUCCUUUUUUAUUUCACACAUUGCUGUUCAUCACUCUUCUGUGUCCCCCCCCCCCUUCUCCAAGUCCAUGAAUGAUGUAGAUAUCAUAUGCAUCGAGCCACAGCUCCUUUUUUUUUUUCCUUCUCCACAGAGCUGAUUCUCACUAACUAGGUCAGAGCCUCCCUACAUUCUCAGUCAUUUUGUCUGUACCUCUUCUCCAUUUUUCCUGUACUCUUUGGUGGUCAAUUUGGCAUGCUGUUCUUGUAUGAUAAAGUACUUUUUAAUCUAUUUAGAUGGUAAGUUUUGUAAUAAAAUGCAUUGGAUUAAA